AUGGCAGUUACGAGGGGCAUCAGUAAGGGAGCAGAACAUGAGUUGGCCAAUGCCAAACCAAAACACAGCUGUGAAGGGGAUCAAAGCAGAGGCGCGUCCCAGGAAAGCACUGGGGCUGAGGGCUUCAAGGGAAGUGCAGGUGCUGUCAAAGGCCUGUCAGGCCAACACAGCCAGUGGGCUCUGGAGGCUCUAGCAUGGGGGGAUUGCCUGGCAGAUCUGAGAGAGGGUAACUCCCAGAGCGCUUGCUGCCACUGCAUGGGCCCUAGUGGGGCCAGCUCCCCUGUGUCCCACAUGGCCUGCAAUGGCCAACGGAGUGGCAGCCUCCACUCCCCUGGCGCCGGCACCAAGGUGCCAGCCCAUGAGGACAACAGGCACUUCAUCUACAAGGCCUGGCAGCGCAUGGAGUGUGACCUGAACAGCCAGACAGGCUCUGAAUGCAACCUGGCCAAGGACCAUGUGGAGAAGAUGGCAAGCCCUACCCUCAAAGCAUUUAAACCUGUCAACCUAGGUGCUCUGAAGAGCAAGAAAACACAGGAUGCAGAGACGUCCUAA